GCUUCCUCGACCAACCACAACACAUACAAGAUGCUCGAGCUGCGCGGCACCACGGCGCUGGACGACUUCUCCCAUGCUCCCCAAGACAGCAAGGUCACGGACCGACUUCGUUCGCAGUACGUCGUGGUCACUCCUGGCCAGGUGAUCACAAGUGAGCCGGGGUUCUUGCGAGGCCACGGAACGUACGUCGAAGCCGGCGAGCUGCUCGCGAGUGUGGCGGGUAUCGUCGAAAAGGUGAACCAACUGGUGAGCGUGCGGCCACUUGUGAGUCGGUACAUUGGUGAAGUGGGGGACAUCGUAGUCGGUCGCAUCUCUGACGUUGCGAACAAGCGGUGGAAAGUGGACAUCAACGGCCAACAGGACGCGGUGCUGAUGCUCACGUCGGUGAACUUGCCGAGCGGGGCCCAGCGUCGUCGCACGGCCGAAGACCAGCUUCAGAUGCGCGAGUUCUUCGAGGAAGGCGACCUCAUCAGUGCCGAGGUGCAGGAAGUGCGGUACGACGGCACCAUGUGGCUCCACACACGCAGCUUGCGCUAUGGCAAGCUCGAGAACGGCCAGCUCAUCGUCGUGCAGCCGUCCUUGAUCAAACGACUCAAGCAGCAUCUCGUGCAGCUGCCCGGCCUCGGCGUCGACGUCAUCCUCGGGUGCAACGGGUACCUGUGGAUCACCCGCAGCAUGGACGACGUGGUGGCCACUGACGGCGCGCAGAACGAGCUCACGGCGGACGCGUGGACAGAGCGCAAGGUGAGUCACGCGAACACUGUCACAGACGCGGCGGAUCGGCACCAGAUUGCGCGGGUGUACAAUGCCCUCGCGAGCUUAAACGCGCGCUUCCGACUCAUCUCCCCUGAGAGCAUCCUCGAGACCAUCCAAGCGCUAGAACGUGGAGAUGACUCGGACGCCUAAAACGACAAACAUUCCUAGAUGUAAUAACGAAAAGUCGCUGUAUUACAUAGCACUACCAAACAAAGAACGCAUCAUGCUAAACCGAGUAAGUAUACGCGUUGUUGACUAGGAGUAUUAAGUAGUAUUGUACUAGUAAUUAAUACUAAAGUACUUCGAAGUAUG